AUGAUUCCAGCCCAGUUACAGUAUGAAAAGCUGUGGUUCGAAGGUCCUCUGUGGCUUCGCCAAGAUGCUAGUAUAUGGCCGUCGAAUGUUCCAGAAGAAGAAGUUGAUCAAGCACUCCUGGAGCAAAGAAAGAUCGUUGCACUGCCAGCAACAUCGGAACCAGUCAGUGAAAUAUUCAGCCUUCGUUCGUCUCUCUUUAUCUUGGUCCGAUUGAUCGCAAGAAUACGCCGUUUCGUCCAUAAUACACAGCAUAGAGAUGAGAGGCGUAUUGCUUUCCUGUCGUAUCCUGAGCACGAAGAAGCACUAGCAGUCCUGGUUCGACUGGCACAACGAGAAUCGUUUCCGAUGGAAUUCGCUGCAUUGGAGAAAGGAAAGUCUAUCAGCCCGUCGUCAAAGUUGAACAAGCUCAACCCUAUCUUCAUCGAUGGAGUAUUACGUGUAGGAGGUCGAUUAGCAAAGGCACCAGUAUCAGCAAGUCGGAAGCAUCCGAUAAUCCUGUGUCACCGUCAUCCGUUGGCCAAGUUGGUCCUAGACUAUUAUCAUCGCAAGAACUUCCAUUCUGGGAUGCAGCUGCUUGUGUCCACAGUGCGGGAGCGAUUCUGGGUAACACGCAUCAGAAGCCUAGCCAACACUGUCAUUCAUGAAUGCGUCCAGUGCUUCCGUAACAGACCGAAGGUUUUGGAUCAGCUAAUGGCUGACCUUCCAUCCGAACGUGUAUCUCCAGCGCCACCAUUCCUGAACGUAGGCGUGGAUUACUGCGGACCGUUCCUAAUUAGCUAUCCAAUCCGCAGAUCCUUCCCUAGGAAACACUUUGUCGCAAUCUUCGUCUGCCUUGUAACGAAGGCAGUCCAUCUUGAACUGGUGAGCGAUUUGACCAGUGAAGCCUUUCUUGCUGCCUUCAAACGAUUUGUGGCACGCAGGGGAGGACCAGCCCUAGUCAUGUGCGACAAUGCCCUGAACUUUGUUGGAGCCACGCGUCAGUUGGAUGAAUUACGGCAGUUAUUCAUGGAUCAAGGAUUCCACGAUUCUGUUGCACGCGGAGCAGUAGAGGAAGGAAUAGAGUUUCGAUUCAUUCCGGCAAGAUCUCCCAAUUUCGGCGGCUUAUGGGAAGCCGCGGUGAAAUCGUUCAAAGGGCAUUUCAAGCGCACUAUCGGCGACAGAGUGCUCCAGCAUGACGAAAUGUCUACAGUGUUGCCACAAAUAGAAGCCAUCCUGAAUUCUCGACCGCUCACUCCGAUCAGUAACGACCCGUCGGAUUUCGAAGCGUUAACUCCUGGACACUUUCUCGUCCAGCGACCAUUAACAGCGAUUGCAGAACCAUUGUUGGAAAAUAUUCAGCACAAUCGGCUGUCUAUGUGGCAGCGAGCUCAGGACUAUGUUCAGCAAAUCUGGAAGAAGUGGUCUGUCCAGUACCUUUCCGAUCUCCACAAUAGAACAAAAUGGACCCGCAAGCGCGAUAACAUGUCCAUCGGUACUUUGAUUCUGUUGAAAGAGGACAACCUCCUGCCUCUGAAAUGGAAGCUAGGACGUGUGGUUGACAUUCAUGCUGGCUCAGAUGGAAACAUUCGCGUAGUUACUGUCAAAACGCAAGACGGUCUGUACCGAAGGGCAAUUUCCAAAAUUUGCAUCCUACCGAUACGUGACAACUUCGAUCUUUCUGCUUCCGAGCAAAAUUAA